AUGUCAGGAGCUGUAGUUGUGACAGAUCGUACAGGGAGAUAUCGCUUCACCUAUACAGGUCCUCCAUCUGGAUCAAAUCUAACGCCACGUGGAAUCCGCACAGGUGCGCUGUCGAACAUUUUAAUUUGUGAUGAUGAGACAUUACAGAUGAUUGAUAAAGACGGCAACUUCAUGUUACAGUUACACACACAACAACAAGGGUUAAAUGGACCAAGAGGUGUAAGUUAUGAUGACAAGUAUCACCUCCUCUGUGUGGGAUCGUGUAAAAACAACACAGUGGGUGUUUACAGAUUUAUAGAGAGACAAACAUCCUUCACAGCUUUGUUCAUCACGUUUGUGAAUGCUAACAACAUGGACACACUGAAAUUCAGCACCCAGUGUAAAGAACGACAGUGUUUCCAAUGUCAAGGGGACACAGAAUUUUACUGCAACACGUGUGAAUAUGACCUGUGUCUACUGUGUAAAGAGAGACACGUCAUUGAUCUAGAUACCAAAAAUCAUGAUGUUGUUAUUUACCGCGAGAAAUACAAAUACAUCUACAGUCAAGAGACCUGUGUAAAACAUCCAGAAAGCAUCUACAUAUUUUUCUGUUACUCGUGUAAACUUCCUUUCUGUUUUAAAUGUAGAGGACACGUAAACCACGCAUUAAUGGACAUUGGAACAGCGUAUAAGAUGAAUCGCUUUACAUACAGACAAAUUAUUCACAACAUCAGAAGUGAAACUAUAUAUAAAAGCUUGUGUCUCCUAGUAGGAAUCAAAUCUGAUAUGAAAACCUGGCACUCGGAAGUGUACAACCGUCAAUCAUGGAUUUUAAAGAGAGCCCAGAGACUGAAGAGCAUCAUUAACAUAGAAAUAAAUGAUGCUCAAAUCAGAAAUAGGAGUUACCCUCAAAGGUUACAAAUCGUAAUGUGGAACAUAAACGCGUAUCUUGCCAUAAUGGAGAAAUAUCAAUACAGGUCUGAGCAGUCAGAAAGGAGACCUGUAAAAUUCUUAUUAUUUAUUAAGAAAUUCUGUGUCUCCAAGAGAAGGAACACUCCCAGACUUACCCAGCAUGUCCUGCCUAUACUGACGAAGGAAAUCAAUUUCGAGGAUCUGAUUAUAACUCUGAUGAGUAGUUUCCAAAUGAUAAAAGGAACAGAAAUGGUGGGGACGGGAAAAAGACAAGUAAAUAAUAAAUAUCUGCUAAAACCGAUGUCUUCCCUAGUAUUGCAAAGAUCUUUGACAGCAAAAGGUGUUAGUUGUGUAAAACAUAUCACCAUAAAGACAUCAGGCCAAAUAUGGAUUAAUGAUAUUAACAACCUUAACCUAACAAACAUAGUAGGAGACAUACUAUGUCAUGUGCCAGAUAUAAGUAGUUAUUGGGGAGUACACACAGUGAGCAUGACCUCUGACCUUAUUUAUAUAGGCAAAAAUCAUCACAUUAUCAAAAUAUCUAAAGAUAACAGAUCCAAGACAUUAAUAAAGAAAACCGAAUCUUGGGAACCACAGUGUGUUUACUGCUCCGCUUCCAAUGGAGAUCUUCUGGUUGGGAUGUGGAAUACUGACACAUUUCAAGGAGGGAAAGUAGUGCGGUAUAGCCACACUAUCCAACACAUACAGACAAUACAACACAACAGCAAUGGUCACGAAAUAUACAGUUUUCCUAGAUACAUAACAGAGAACUGGAAUGGAGAUAUUAUUGUGUCUGACUUUCUCCGUCGUGCCGUAGUGGUGGUAGACUACGGAGGAAGACAUCGCUUCUCCUACACAGGUCCUGAACUAGGAGUAAUAAUAUCACCGUACGGAGUAUGUACAGAUGCGCUGUCACAUAUUCUUAUUUGUGAUCAAUUCUCUAACACGGUUCAGAUGAUCGACAAAGAUGGUAACUUUCUGUCAGUGAUACUGACACAAGAAGACGGGAUAAACAAACCAUGUAGUCUCGAUUAUGAUGAUAUAACUCAUCUUCUUUGGGUAGGAUCAAUCAACAACAACAGCAUAUGUGUUUACAGACACAUUAGCAGACAUGAAGUUAAGCAUAUCUGAGUAAAGAACAUUUCCCAAAGAAGUAAGAUGCAAGAACAAUUUUGAAAAUGAUUAAAAAACAAAUUUGGUCAGAGCAAACACGGACCUUAGUGGU